AUGGCUAUGCCUAAUGUUACUUGUUUGGAUGAAAGAGCCAAAAUAGGACACAUCUUCACUCUAUCAUUCUUGUGGUUUAUCAUUGUUAAAUCCAUGUUCAAAUCUAUUUCAGUCUUAUCCACUAUAACUUGUUCCUCAUCCAUACCAUCAUCCACAUCGAUGUUAAGAUUGCAAACUCUGGAAAGAAAUGAAGAUGGAAACUGCACUCUGGUGGAAGAAUUCAUUCUCUUGGGUUUCUCAGAAUCUCCAGAGCAGGACCCUCCAUUGUUUGCUAUCUUCCUCACAAUCUACAUUGUCACCCUGAUAGGGAAUCUGGGAAUGAUUAUAUUAAUCAGGAUCAGUGCUCCGCUUCAUACCCCUAUGUACUUUUUCCUAUGCAGUUUGUCUGUGGCUGACAUCUGUUAUUCAUCGGUUAUCACCCCUCGUUUUCUAACCGGUUACAAAUCAAUUUCCUUUGAUGCAUGCUUUGCUCAGCUCUACUUUUUUGUUGCCUUGGUGUGCACUGAAUGUUUCCUGCUGGCCACAAUGGCCUAUGAUCGUUAUGUAGCCAUCUGUAAUCCCUUGCUCUAUUCUACAGUUAUGUCCCAAAACAUCUGUGCCACAUUGGUUGCUGGUUCGGGGUUCCUUGGCUUGACAAAUGCCAUGCUAACAGUGUGCUUUUUAAGCAGCUUACAUUUCUGUGAUUCCAACAUCAUCAGGCAUUUCUUCUGUGACACUCCUCCCCUAAUAGCACUUGCCUCAGAUCAUUAUGUCACUGAAAUGAUCAUAUCACUCCUGGCUGGGUAUACCACCCUUGCAUCCUUGGUCAUCAUUCUCCUAACUUAUAUCUUAAUUCUCUCCACCAUCCUAAAGAUCCGUUCUGCUCAAGGCAGACGUAAGGCCUUUUCUACUUGCACAUCUCACCUGACAGCUGUCUCAGUCUUCUAUGGGACUCUGAUAUUUACCUACCUUCGCCCAAAUGCCAGCUACUCGUUGGGCCAAGAUCAGGUGGCCUCUGUCUUCUACACCGUGGUGGUGCCUAUGCUGAACCCUAUGAUCUACUCUCUCCGGAACAAGGAAGUGAAAGAGGCUCUCAUAAGAGUAUGGCACAGGAAACUCUAA